AUGAGUGCAGAAAAGCCCGACUUAGUUGCCUAUUGGCCAAAGCCUGAGCUGAAGCCGCCUUCGCCGUGGAGUCUUCCACUCACGAUGUCCGCCGUCGGGAAAAUAGUAGCCACCGAAACUUUGGAUAGAGACUUCCAAGUGUUCCGUUACCAGAACUGGUCCGGCCAGAUCCAGAUUCCACUUCAUACGCCGGGAUGGCUGGCCAACACGUUUCCUGGCAUUCUUGACGCCUCGCAUGCCGACGCUUUGUCCCUGGACCUGUCUCGCUUCCAUUUGGGAGGUUUAUCAGCCACAGACGAAUGGGAAGAUCAGUGUAUUUCUGAGCGUGUUUGCGUCGACCUACCUCUUCGAUUUCCCAUUACCCCGCCGUUCGUGGCCUUCAACGGGUUUGUCGACACCCAGAAGUUCCCCCUGGCUGACAAUCCCUCCGUCGGCCUCGACGGCGUGACCAGAAAUUCAUCAGCUGUUUUCAGAAUCUGGUCGAAAUUUACCGUCACCGAGGCGGCGCAUACUCCGAAGACGGGGUGGUAUGCCAACCACGUAUACGCCAUGCUUCCUAAAUGCAAGCCGCACAUGAAGAAGAAAUGUGAAGACUACCAUGCCGACACAACUCCGUUCCGGAAGCACGGGAAAAAGGCCUAUGUCACUGGCUACCUCCAUGGUUUCUGCAACAAGGCCGUCGUCUUUUCUGAAAGCUGCCCUUACAACCCCCUCGAGUUCGUCCCGCUCAUCGAGAUUCUGAAAAUUGACUGGGCGGCUGGUGAGCCAAGGCAGAAUCCGGGAGCCCGCGACCUCCUCGCCACGCCGUCCAAGCCAGAAACCCCCAACCGCGGCAAAGGGAGGUUUGUCUUUGAUCCCCUUGCCCAGAUGACCGCAGACGCGAAAGGGCCAGCCACCCCAUCCAAGUCAAUUUCGGACACCCUCGUAGAUGACGAUGAUCCGUUCUCGGUCAACGGACUUCAUGAAGUCCCGCCUACCGGCUCGAAGCGGUCCGGGGAGAUUGAGGUCCUCGACGACAGCGACGACGGCGCUAGCCCGACCAAGCGGCCCAAACGGGGGAGUUUACGCGGAAGGAAGUAG